GAAUAAUGUUGGAAUACUCAAUAUGUCGUUUGAUUAUCACGUUGGAAUACUCUUUAGAUAAUAAGCAUAACAGUUUCUUGAGAUUUUCUUUAUUUGUUUGCUGGCUGAAGCCUGCAUUUUGCUACUGAUUUGUCCUGUUACAGAACCGGAAAUACAUGUGUGGUGCUGCAAGGAGUUUAUGCAGACCCUGACUAGGUCCAACGAUUAAUCCAAGGAAAUGUUACCUAGUGUUAAGCAGUCAUUGUUCUAGCACAUCACUUUCUUAAGCACCUUCACAUCAGCUGAGAAAACUACUUAUAUAAACAAGGCUUGCUUGAAUAGUUCAUUCAGUCCUCAGUCGGGAUUCUUAAAGUUCUCAGUUUCUGACAAUUAAUGGCUUCCCUGAGCAGCCUCCAGAAGAGCAUAAUACUCGUUCUGACAAUUCUCGUCGCAGGAGCCAAUGCUGCAGAUAUCUUCCUGACAUGGAAUGUUUCACUUGAUACUACCCUCAACCCGAUCACUGUCCAGCAACCUGUUAUUACCAUCAAUGGGAGGUUCCCAGGACCGACAAUCAAUGCGACUACCAAUGACUUCGUCCAUGUCAAUGUCUUCAACGACUUGGACGAGUCAUUGCUGUUUACAUGGAAUGGGAUACAGCAGAGGCUAAACUCAUGGCAAGAUGGAGUUUCAGGAACAAACUGUCCCAUUCAGCCUGGUCAAAACUGGAGAUACAAGUUCCAGACAAAGGAUCAGAUUGGCAGCUUCUUCUACUUCCCAUCAAUCAACUUCCAGAAGGCUGGUGGUGGGUUCGGUGCGAUUCGGGUCAAUAACCGUGAAGUCAUUGCUGUUCCAUUCCCAAAGCCAGAGGACGAGUUUGACCUUCUCAUUGGUGACUGGUACUAUGACAGCUACCAGAUGAUAAGAUCAGUAAUGGACACAGAGGUUGUAGCCUAUCAGACCAUUCCUGACAUUAUGCUAAUGAACGGGAAAGUCCCAUUCGGUCACGAGCUAACCAAAAACCAUGAAUCCUUUACUGUGACAUCAGGAAAAACUUACAGGUUCAGGAUAUCAAACGUUGGAACUGUACUCAGCUUCAAUUUCAGGAUUCAGAACCACAAAUUGGUGCUGGUGGAGACAGAAGGUUCAUAUACCAACCAAAUCACCCUGGAUUCGCUGGACGUCCACGUAGGCCAGUCUUAUUCCGUCCUGGUGACGAUGAACCAGGUCGAAUCGGACUAUUACAUCGUGGCAAGUCCCAAGCUGAUCAACGCCAGCGCAAACAGCAGCAGCCUUGUAGGUGUUGGAGUGCUACAUUACUCCAAUUCAAUGACAAAGUUAUCCGGCCCCUUACCGUCAGGGCCAGAUCCAUUCGACUUAGACUUCUCAAUCGAUCAAGCCAAAUCCAUUAGGUGGAACCUGACGACAGGUGCUGCCAGGCCUAACCCACAGGGGACAUUCAAUGUGAACAAUGUCACAAUAUCUCAAACCUUCAUCCUCGAAUCCUCGACUUCCCAAAUCAGAGGCGAUCCUCGCUACUCGAUCAACAAUGUCUCCUACAGAGUUCCUGACACGCCCCUGAAGCUAGCUGAUCAUUUCGACAAUGGGUCAGGAGUGUACCAACUGGACUGGUUCCCGACCAAUUCUGCGAACGACGAAGCUGCAUACGGAGUGUCUGUUGUUACAGGAGAGCACAAAGGGUGGAUCGAGCUCGUGUUCGACAACACGUUGGGUGGAUUCAUGGACACCUGGCACUUAGAUGGUUUCGGUUUCCACGUCGUCGGGAUUGGGAAAGGGAAAUGGGGCGCUGAAGCGAGGAGCAGCUACAACCUGAUUGAUCCAGUGGUGCGAUCGACGGUGCAGGUUUAUCCUGGAGGAUGGACGGCGGUUUAUGCUUUCCUGGACAAUCCUGGGAUGUGGAAUCUGAGGUCGCAGAACCUGAAGAACUGGUAUUUGGGUCAGGAAAUGUACAUUCGAGUUCACAAUGAUGAUCCUAAUCCUGCCAAGGAGCGUCCACCGCCUCCCAAUUUACUCCUCUGUGGUAAAUAUGGAAAUGGUGGCGAUGGGUCUCAGGAUCCGGUUGGGGCUCCAGCUCGUGCUCCAUCUCCGUGGUGGACAUAGACGAAGAAGAACAAGAGGGUUUUCUUCUCAAUGCAUACAGAAGUUACCCUUCAAAGUUCAAUUUUUAUGAUUAUUUAGAUUGUUACCCUUUGGUAUUAGAAAAUUCAAUUUAUCAAGUUACUAAAUGAUGCCUGAUGGCUAAAACAAAAUCCUAAACAGAGUUUGAGUUCAUUGACUAGAACGGAGGGUGCGAUGCUGAAUUGGCUUUUAUAUCGUUAAAUAAGUUGAUGAGAACCAUUGUUUAUUUCCAAUUUGAUUUGACGGCUGAGAGUGGGACGUGGAUGCCAAGUUAAAAUUUGAAUGGUUGACCUUAGACAAUGGUUAUCAAAACUGUUUUUCUUUUAAGCGGAUGUGAAGGUCUCUUAAUAGUGCUCAGUGAUUCCAUCUCGAAUGCGAGUUCAAAAUAAUUUUUUUGGUUGGUUAAAGGAAUAAGGGAUAGUGGUAUCGAAAGGGUUUUGCUUGACUCAUGAAGAUCUGUCAAUAAUUGAUUGACUCACUUGAUUGUUGUUUGGGAAGUCAUGAUUUGUUGUAAGCGCGACUCAAAUCAGUGGUGGGUUAGAGUUUAGUGAUUUAUCGAAUAACUUACUCCAUCAGAAUCAACGAAUUGUCAAUCUCACCAGCAUAAUAGAUAGCUUUACAAGUUACAACCACUAACUUCGCUGUUGAAAAGAGGAUGACGGCCGAAGACAAAUUUAAAGAAUAAGAGCAUAGACAACACAAAUUGCAAUCUACGAUAAAAUGUCAAACAUGCUCUUAGUGGGAUUUAAAAGCAAAGAGGAACUUUCCAUCCAAGAAUCAACGAAUGUCAUCGUUAACUUUGAAUCUCCCUUAUGGGGUUGUGUACUUGUGUACUACCUGAAACACAACAUUAGCAAUGAUAAGUUAAUGAGCACUUCUACUAUGCUAUAUAGCAUUAGUGCUUUAAUGUACAACUCAAAGUUGUACCAUAACAUUAAAUGUAUAAGUUUAGGUUGUACCAUAAAGCAAUUUGUAUCAUUAUGUUAUGGUACAACUUUACAACUAGAAGUUGUACCUUCACAUAAAGGUACAAGUUCAAGUUGUACCAUAAAAGAAUUUGUACAAAAAGUAUAGGUACAAUCUGAAGUUGUACCAUAACGUAAAUGUACAAUUUUAAAUUGUACCUUAAAGGCAAAAACCUAUAGCACCAAUACUAUAUAGCAUUGUAAAAUUUCUCCAAGUUAAUAACCUAUUGUUGGGCCUAUCUGGACCAAGUCCAGCCAUCAAGAUUGAUCACAAGGAAAAACCCAAAAGUCGGGCCCAAUCCCGUAAACAGAAGUCCAGCUCCUUCGAUGGCUUGUCACUGGAAGCUCAUAGUGACAAGCACACUAGCGUCUAGAAGAGUAUUGGGCCCCCAACAAAAUAUUAUGUCAUGCGCCCGAAAAGAUCUAUCGCCGCAGGACGUAGUUGAGGCACAUGACCGUAGGAAGGUACAAAGCAUUAAAUGUGGUGUUGACAUAGGGCAUAUGAAGGAGAUCAUUAUCAGAAUGAACCUUUGUAUAAAUAGGAAGAAGGUAACAACAUUUAUGGGGGGUGAACCCUCUCAGUAAAACGUCGACACAUUAACCUUUUCUUUAUAAACUCUACUAACUUUAUCGUUAGACAAAUAAUGGAUGAAGGUGUUUCACUGUGCAGGUCUAGGCGUUGCGAGAAUUCGAAGUGCAAUCCUGGUGUUCCUCUUCACAAACGAUGAAAGUAUAAUUAGUCCAUGUACUGUACCAAUCAAAGCAUUUUGAUGUUUUUUUUUAUUAUCAUUAUCAUACUUUAAUCAACAUAAAGUCAUUUUUGUGUGACGGGUACAUAGAUGAAUGAAAAUUCGAUUAGAUUGUGACUAGAGGCUGAAAGGCUUGCAAUAACAUCAUCAGUUUCGCAACGUUGUUUCUUCCAGUAUCAUCCACCAUUCCACCGUUGUCAAUUCCUAAUUAAAUAAGAAUUAACGA